UCCUUUUCAGGACUCUACUGAGUUCUCUAGACAAAGUGUGUUUAUGUGAAUUUUGUGUCAGGAUGGAGGAAUUGAAUCAUUCAUAUUCAUUGUUUGAAUUCACUUGUUAAAAUAUUAUGGUGAGGGUGGAAAAAAUAUAACAGAAGAGAGAUUGCUAACUCUUCCAAUAUGUAAUCUCAGUUUAUUGUCAGUGUUUUUCUUUAAUUUUACUAUUUAAUAUAUUGGGAUCCUGUUCGUGGGACUUCACAUAUUGCUGAAUUACAGUAUGUAGCUUUUAACAGAAUAUCUCAAAUACAUUUUCUUUCAAGGAUCCUGCUGCAAUAAGUUAACCUACUGUGCUGCAAUAUUUAGUGUUCAUAAGGACUUCCAAUUUCAUACUGCAUUCCCGAGUGCAUAAUUUAUUUGGUUGUGAUCUGUCCAGUUAUGGUACUUAAACUGCCCACUCAAAACUGAACAGGUUCUGUUACCUGUGAUGGCGUCGGCUUUACCCAGAACCCUUGGGGAAUUGCAGCUGUAUCGAAUAUUACAAAAGGCAAAUCUUUUAUUCUACUUUGAUGCCUUCAUUCAGCAGGGUGGUGAUGAUGUCCAGCAACUCUGUGAAGCUGGCGAAGAGGAGUUUUUGGAGAUAAUGGCUCUUGUAGGCAUGGCAAGCAAGCCUCUUCAUGUUCGAAGACUGCAGAAGGCUUUGAGGGACUGGGUCACAAACCCAGGGCUUUUCAAUCAGCCUCUCACGUCCUUACCAGUCAGUAGCAUUCCAAUAUAUAAAUUACCAGAAGGGUCUCCUGCUUGGUUGGGAAUAUCCUGCAGUAGUUAUGAAAGGAGUAGUAACGCCAGGGAGCCCCACCUGAAGAUUCCAAAAUGUGUUGCCACUACAUGCGUGCAAAGUGUGGGUGCAGGCAAAUCUGAUGGUGUGGGAAACUUAACGCUGCAGAGUGCCAGUGAACCGAGACUAUGGCAGGGGCACCACACUACAGAGAGUGAACACAGCCUUUCCCCAGCUGACCUUGGCUCUCCAGCUUCACCAAAGGAAAACUCUGAGACCCUGGAUGCUGCAGCUGCCCUGUCAGUUGCUGAAUGCGUAGAACGUAUGGUGCCCUCCCUGCCCAAAAGUGACUUGAAUGAAGUAAAGGAGUUACUGAAAACAAAUAAGAAGCUUGCAAAGAUGAUUGGUCAUAUCUUUGAGAUGAGUGACGAGGAUCCUCACAAAGAAGAGGAGAUCAGGAAAUACAGUGCAAUAUAUGGCAGAUUUGACUCAAAGAGAAAGGACGGCAAACAUCUCACCCUCCAUGAGCUAACAGUUAAUGAAGCAGCCGCUCAGCUGUGUGUAAAAGAUAAUGCAUUGUUGACCAGGAGAGAUGAACUCUUUGCGCUAGCUCGACAGAUCUCUCGAGAAGUUACAUACAAGUAUACUUACAGGACGACCAAAUCUAAAUGUGGAGAAAGAGAUGAGCUUUCACCAAAGAGAAUUAAGCUAGAGGAUGGUUAUCCUGAUUUCCAGGACACUGUCCAGACUCUUUAUCAGCAAGAUAAAGUACCACUUGCUUUGGCUAAAGGAAAAAGUGAGGACUCAGCAGCUCUUAAUUCCCAGUCUGAAAAACUGAUGGCAAAACAGAUGGAGUUUUUUUGCAACCAAGCAGGGUUAGAGAGACUGCAACAAGCAGAGAGACGCCUUUCUGCAGGGUGUUACAGACAAAAUUCAGAAGAGCACAGCCCCAAUGGCAUGUCAUUAGAUAACGCUGAUGGACAAGGUGAAAGGCCCCUGAAUCUCCGAAUGUCAAACCUGCAGACCAGACAGUUGCAACACCUUUCCCUAGAUGGCGAACAGCACUCUGGAAAACCUCUUUGCAGUGACUUGAUCAGGCUUUACUCUAGUAGUGAGGCAAAGUCUCAGUCCUCAGAAGGCCUUGGCAUCUUAAAAGAUUUUCCUCACUCAGCUUUUAACAACAUAGAAAGGAAAGUCAUAAAAACAGAACCUGAAGAUACAAGAUAGUCAUUCUUCUCUGGAAAAUGGUGUUGAAAUAAAACUUCUGAGGAGAAGCAAACAAGCCUUAAUAACCAGUGUUGCCUCAUUCAAAUAAGAGAUUUCAUAGCCAAAGCCUAAGAACUGGUGUAGUAGUCUGUGGAAACAGAAAAACAAGAGACAUUGCAAUCUAGAACAGUAAUACAGGUGGAUACGCAUUCCUGUAAAGUGGUUUUAUAAUGUGGAAAGGUUCACAAAUUAAUAUUGUGAGCCUGCAUUAUUUAAGAAUGUAUUAUGUAUUUGUAUAACUUAUCAAAGUAAAUCUAGAUGUUGGGACGUGUAUUGAGUCCAGUAGAUGUGGCUACAGUUCAUUUUACUUGAAAUUUCAACGUCUACUUUAAAUGUAUCUAGCAUAGAUAUAUGGUUGUUAUACAUUUGAGUUAAAAUCCUUGGAGAAUUAGGAAAGAGAACCUAGUAACAAUUCACAGCUGUUUGCAAUGAUAUUUGUAGGAAAAAAAAUUAGAAAAUGCAGAAGAUAUUUCGUGGUUUACAAUUUUCUCUGGAUAUAGCAUUUGAUAAAGUUGAUCCUGUAUUAUAGCAGACAUAUUUGAAACUUAUUAAUGUACUGUCAUUUAAAUAGUUUCAGCAGCCUUUACAUAACACACAUAUACUACUUAUCUACAAUUUGGAAGUGAUGAAUAUGAAAAAACUCACUAGCACAGGGGAGUGUCCUACUUAUUGUCACUGACAGGACUGCCAAAUGUUGUAAUUCAGAAAGUUUUAUAAUAUUUUGGACUACUGUGGCUUAAAAAAACCCAAACCAACAAUGCAUCCUAAAUGUGGCAGAGAUUUCAGUGUGAUGCAGGAUUAAUGUAUUAGUAUUCAAAGGUUGCAUUUCAUACCCAUACCAUAAACUAGCAUAAAGAAGAUAGGAAGGGGGAUACAUUACUGGUAGAUGACCUAUUAUGAGGUGCUGCCCAACCUACAUGAUUCAAUGAAUAUACCAUAUACUGAAUACAGUAUGCCAAUGUUUCCUUAUGUAUGUUUAGUUAACAUCUGUACUCAUUAUUUAUUUGACAAUCUUUAUUUUUUGUACAUGGUUUUUCACUUUUGCAGGUAUCACUUUGUCUCAAGAAAAAUAAUUGGCUUAAUUUACAGAAUUUGGGAUUUCGCAUGGUAUGUGUGUAUUCUCAAUGUAACUUCAGCUGCAGAGUUGCAUUUCUGCAGUGAAAUAAGUUACAUGCCUUAGUUCCUGAAUACAGCUUUUGCCCACAGUGCUUUCUGAGGUGCAGUAGAUAAACUUCCAUACUAAGGUGUGCACUUCUUGUCUGCAGUUUGCUCUGUCAAAUAUGUAUGUCAUACUAAAAUUAUGAGCAAAAUGUGAGCUGGAAUGUCUACACUGCAGUCUCUGAUAACUGUAAACAUGUCUACUUAUUUUAUCACUUUUGAUUUGUGGAACAAAGCUUUAUAGUAGAAACACCAGUAAACAACUUUUUAUACUAUUAAAAUGUUUGUUUAUAAAUGUUCUUUGAAUUGUAUUGUACUGUUUCACUCACUGAAGAAUCUUACUUUAAGUAGUGGAGUUUGCAGCUUUGCUGCUAGAAAUAGGAGAUGAAUGUGUACAGUAAUAUUUGCUCCUUUAUGUUGUGUGUACUAAUAAUAUGGAUAGGAUAUAUCUUCAGUUUAUAAUGUUAGCCAUAGCACUGGUUAGUAGCUGAGUAGUUUCAUGGAAUAUGAUUCAUGUAUUAUGGUCUAGAACUUGUGAGUGGACUGAUUUAACAUUUGAACUAUACAAGUAUAGUUAUAGAAUUUAAGAAGCAGCAAACUUUUAAAAUUGCAGGAAACUUCCCUCUUAAUAUCGGGCAUGACCAAAAGCUCUGCAUGAACCACAGGAGAUGCUCUUAAAUGUCAAGAGCUUACUUGUCUUUCAGUCUACAGUAAGAGGGAAAGAGAGCUCAUCUUAUCACCACACAGUUUCAGUAGAAUACAGAAUUUAUUUUGUAAACACUAAUGUAUUAAAUUUGCUAUAAAUUAAA